AUGCAGGCGGCGGUGGUGGACAUAGUGCAGGGGAUGAAGGAGAUCAGCAUGGUCAUGGCCGUCACUGAGGCGGGGCUGCUGGCGCAAGAGAAGGAUGAUUCUCAUUCUCUCCUCUUUCCCUUGCUCUGUCUGCCUUACAGAGAAGAGGAGAGGCAGUGCGAAGAAGAGCGGCAGUGGUUCAACCAGGCCAUGCAAGCAGCAGUGGUGGACAUAGUGCAGCGGAUGAAGGAGAUCAGCAUGGUGAUGGCCGUCACUGAGGAGGGGCUGCUGGCGCAGGGCGUGGCGGUAGAUGAGCUGGAAGGCAUGCUGGACGAGCUUCAGGAGCACGUUGAAUCGAUUGACAUGGCCAAUGACCUGAAGGCCAUAGGAGGCUUGGAGCCGCUGCUGCGCUUCCUCAAGUCCCCUCAUGCAAUCCUGCUGGCGCGGGCGGCGGAGGUGGUGACCACGAUGGUGCAAAACAACGAAAAGAGCCAGCGCAGCGUGAUGGAGGCGGGCGGCCAUCUGACCCUCAUGGAUAUGCUUCUGAACGAUGUUGACAUCACUGCCAGGUCGAAGGCUGUGGGGGCGAUUUCAUCCUUGGUGCGCCAUAAUCCAGAAGGCCUGGCAUCCCUUGGAGCCGUCGUUGGCAUUAAAGGGCUCACCUCCCUAAUCUCCUCCGCUGCUCAACCCAACACAAACACCACCACUGGCACCGACACCACCACCAUCACCACCAGCACCACCACCUCCUCCACCACCACCACCAGCACCGGCACCGGCAGCACCACCAAGCUCCUACUUAAAGCCCUGCAUCUCAUGCUCUAUUUCCUGCAGCAGUUCCCCUCAGACCGCUCCCUGGCUCUCUCCUCUGGGCUGCUCGCCUCGCUGCUACAGCCGGGGGUGGUGGGGUCCCAGGAUGGGGAUGACGAGCUGGACGCCUUGCUGGCGACGAGACGCGCUCUGAUUGGCCGAAAGGUCGCUGCUGCCAGAGGGGAGAGCGGAGGGGGGUACAGUGGGGGAGCAACGGGAGAUGUAGGGGGAGGGGAAGCAGGAGCGGGAGGAUCAGGAGCAGCAGGGGCAGCAGCAGGAGGAAUGGGCGCUCAACAGCCGUUGAUGUUUCUGGGAGCACGAUAA